AUGAAGUACUCUCUCACUUCCGUCUUUGCCUUGGCCAUGGCUGCCCUUGCCAGUCCCACUCCCGGUGGUGACAGUGGUAUCCUCAGCGGUUAUGGCGGCGGCAUGGAUGUUGGCUACCCCGGCCAGGGCCUCAAGCUCCAGCACGUCUACGUCACUGGCGAGCCCCAGGUGAUCCUCGUUGGCAUCAAGAUCACUCCUGUUCUCCAAACCCGUAUUCUUGAGGUCAACCAGGGCGUCAACCUGUUGUCUGGCCCUGGCCUUAGCCUUCGACAGGAUGCCGACCAGUUCCUCAAGAUCAACGAGAGAGCUCAUGGUGUUUAUGGCUGCUCCCAGGCUUGCGAGAGCCGAAUCAACGAGCAGCACUGCGUCCGAUUCGACAGCCAGCUCUACUAA